UUCUAAGUUUUCUUUUCGUCUGUCGUGUGCGCGUGUUGCAUUGCUUUCGAGUUGGCGUUGCGAAAAUUCCCCUUUAUUUUGCUGACGAGAAUCCAAAAGAGUAAACCAACCGGGGGAUCCAAGAAACCCCAGCUGAUUUAUCCGAAAGCAAUCGUUACACGUACAUUUCCAAGUGCCCGUGGCAACAAGUAACUUCCCCUCCUCCAUUCGCUGCAAAAUCUCUAGUGAAAUGCACAACGGAAAGCCAAGAUCCGCGGCCAGGCCGUCGUUCCACCGCCGUCCCAAAGCCGGAGUGGCCAACACCACCAAUGAUAACGCUGCUGUCAAACCGGAGGCCUUGGACAGCUAUACUGGCAACGACGACAACGCCUGCGUGGUGUGCUUCAAGAACGUGGAAAUUUUCUCCAUCGGGGACUGUGAUCAUCCCGUGUGCUACGAGUGCUCCACUCGAAUGAGGGUCCUCUGCCAGCAGAACGAGUGCCCCAUCUGCCGCCACGUCCUGUCCAAGGUUUUGUUCACUCUGGACAAACUGCCCUAUCGCGAACUGGAGGCCAACAACCGCUCUGAUUUAUACAGCAAGAAGUACCGCAUAGGCUUCUGCACCGCAGAGAUAAGACAGCAGUUCUUCAAACUGCUCGACCAUCCCUGCCCGAAAUGCGAUGCACCACCAUACCGCACGUUCGAGGGCCUUCGCAACCAUGUGCGCAGCGAGCACCACCUUCUGUACUGUGACCUGUGCGUCGAGACCCUCAAUAUCUUCACCUUCGAACGGAGGUGCUACACUCAGGCGGAGCUGCAGCUACACAACACCAAGGGCGAUCCGGACAAUCGGUCGCAUCGCGGUCAUCCAUUGUGCGAAUACUGCAAUAAACGCUAUGUGGACCGUGAUGAGUUGUUCCGUCAUUUGCGCCGUGAGCACUACUUCUGCCACUUUUGCGACGCCGAUGGCUGCAAUGAGUUCUACAAUGACUAUGCGGAUCUGGCGGAACAUUUCCGGGAGGAACACUUUCUCUGCGAGGAGGGUAAGUGCGCCACCGAGCAGUUCGUCGGCGCAUUCCGCAACGAAAUCGAGUACAAGGCGCACGUGGCCAACGUGCACGGCAAGUCGCUCAACAAGCAGCAGGCCAAGCAGACACGCACCUUGCAGGUGGAGAUCACUUUGGGGCCUCGUGGACGUAGUGGGCAGACGGAGCAGGGCAUAGCCAGCGUGAGAACCAGGAAUGACGAUCACAACGACUACCAGAACGAUUUGCCUUCGAUUACCCAGCGCCAUGUGAGCAUUGAUGCUGGUAACGAGGAGCAGUUUCCCACAUUGAGAGGCGCUUCCACAGCUCCCAGCGUAUCCUUGGUAAGACCGCCGCCGCCCUCGAUGCGCAAUCUUAGUGGAACUUCUGGUCUUGCUCGGACCAAAGAAAACUUCCCGGCCCUGGGAGGAGGAAAUGGAGGUGGCGUUACUGGGCCCAACAGCAGCAGCAUUGCCGCCAGGGCUGCUCAAUCGCAGCAACCCGUGGCCGCUGUCUUUAAGAAACCCACAAGCGCGGCAGGUUCUGGCAGUCGAAGUGGGCCUCCCGCUAACGGAAUGCUACUGCAUGUGUCAAAUCGACCAGCAGCUGUGCCCAAAAAGGCUGCUACGCCGCAAGUAGACUUUCCUGCAUUACCGGGUAAGGGAAACAAGAAGAACCUUCGCAACCUGGAGGAGGAUAUGCUGCCCAGCGGAUCGGCACUGCCGAUGGCGAACAUCUCAGCUAAGCAUCGGUCUCUGGCCGAUGACUACGUGUCAGUGGCUAGCCCGAGCACUUUCCAAAAGCUUCAAAUGGUACAAAAGGAGGAGGACGAGGCCAAAGCGCGCCAGGAGGCUUUGAAGAAGAGUGCUCCCAAACUUACUGCGGCGGAAUUCCCUAGCCUCGGACCGAGUGCCAGCGCCAGCUCGAACAGGGCGACUGCUCCAAAGCCCAGCAGUGGAUCUCCCUCAUUGAACUGGUCGAAGCCAGUUAACGAGAAAAAACAGCGUGAGCUGGAGAAUCGCAAGGCCAAAGUGGCGCCGGCCCCGGUUCUGCCGAGUCCAACAUCGAAACCUGCUCCCAAGGCAAGCAAUAACAAUGUCCAAGAGCAGCAGGCAAAUAAAAAGGAUAAAAAGCAGAAGGAUAAGAAGAGCAACCAGGAGAAUCAGCCUAAGACGGCCAAACCGAAGGAGAAAAAUAAUAACAACGAACAAAAAGCCAAUGGGGCUCCGCAUACGCCAAUACGUGCGCCACCCGGCUUAAAACCUGGUGGACCGCUAAAACCACCACCAGGAUUCGUGUCUAACGUGACUGUUAACUCGGUGGCCAAGCUGCCCAACAAUCUCACGUUCACCAGUUCACUGGGCGAGUCGUAUGACAUUGUACCCAGUCCGUAUACGUACACCGAUCCACCAAAUACCGAGAUCAGGAAUCAGAAAUUGGUUGAUGAGGUUAUGUCCCUACUGAAGACCCCAGAGGCAUUGAACGAAUUCCGCUUGCUUUCGUCCAAGUUCCGCGACGGAUCCUGUUCUGGCCAAGUCUAUUACGAGCACUGCCAGUGCGCCAUGCUGAGCUCAUUUUACAACCUGUUCCCGGAGCUGCUGGCCAUGCUGCCGGACAUAAGCAAGCAACAGGAACUUUACUUAGUGCACAAACAACACCUGAACAGCUUGCCGCCCGCCGAGCGCAAAUCCUUGCCCGCGCUUGAAGUUUGCAAGGUGUGCAAACAGAUCCUCAUCUCCGCCGACUUAAAGGGCCACCAGCAGGCGCAUGAGCUGACCAAACACUUUCCCGUACUCGGGAGCUCAGCUUCCAACACGCAUCGCAAUUGAGGCGGUCGGAUUAUAGGACAACAAAAGCUUUAUUCCUGUAUAUUUUCUAUGUACAUAUAUACCCUGUCAACCAUCUAGGAACCAUGUCCCCAGCUCAUGUUGUGAGUGGAAACCCGAAAAAGAACUAGCCGAACUAUAUCACCCAUCAGUCCAUGUAGCGCGACCCACGAAGCCAUCUGUUCAAUGUGACUUAGUCCGGACAGAAGCUAAUCUGGGAUGUGUUUCUAAUAUUUACGAGUGAGCUUGUGUCUAGCAAAUGCCCGCAACCUAAUAAAGUUCAAAUCAAUCACAAUUAUUAGUCGUAA